AUGGGGAUCCAUCAAGGUCGGGGACGUCGUCACGUGUGGACGCCUGCUCGUCCCAAAGGGGACGCCACGGUGGCGACUUUGUCUCCUCUUCCCGUUCAUGCUGCAUCAAAGAGAUCUCGAAGACGGACUCACUUCGUGGCUUUCCCGUUGCUUUCCCGGCCUUCCCUGCACCACUACUCAUGGAACAGUCCUAGUAAUGACGGCGUCACUGGCAGACAGUCGUGUUGUGUUUUAAAGUUGGUAAAGCGCCUUGUGUUGGAUCUCAUCUGGUCCACGGGCUACAGAGGCGGCCUCAGCAACAUGCUCUUCCUCUGCUCCUUACCUGACUCUGUCCGGUCUGUCUCAGACGAGCCCCGGCAAGUGCUUCUGCGCCUAUAUGGUGCCAUUCUACAGAUGAGGUCCUGUAAUAAGGAAGGAGCUGGACCAGCCCAGAACGAGGACGCGUGCCAGGGUGCCGAGGCCAUGGUGCUGGAAAGCGUUAUGUUCGCCAUUCUUGCCGAGCGGUCCCUUGGCCCAAAGCUGUAUGGAAUCUUUCCACAAGGCCGCCUGGAGCAGUUCAUCCCCAGCCGCCGUUUGGACACUGAGGAGUUAAGUUUGCCAGAUAUCUCUGCAGAAAUAGCUGAGAAAAUGGCCACGUUCCAUGGUAUGAAGAUGCCAUUCAAUAAAGAACCCAAAUGGCUUUUUGGAACCAUGGACAAAUAUUUAAAUCAAGUUCUGAGAAUUAAAUUUACCAGAGAAUCCAGAGUUAAAAAACUAAACAAACUCCUCAGUUAUAAUCUGCCUUUGGAAAUGGAAAAUCUAAGGUCUUUGCUGGAGUCGACGUCGUCGCCGGUGGUGUUUUGCCAUAAUGACUGCCAAGAAGGGAACAUCCUCUUUUUGGAAGGUGGGGAGAACUGGGAAAAGCAGAAGCUGAUGCUCAUCGACUUUGAAUACAGCAGUUACAAUUACAGAGGCUUUGACAUCGGGAAUCACUUCUGCGAGUGGAUGUAUGACUACACUUAUGAAAAGUACCCCUUUUUCAGAGCCAACAUCCUGAAGUACCCUACCAAGAAACAACAGCUUCAUUUUAUUUCUAACUACUUGGCUGCCUUCCACGAUGGAUUUGAAAACCUCAGCGACAAGGAGAAGUCCAGGAUGGAGGAAGAAACAUUGGUGGAAAUCAACAGGUUUGCCUUGGCGUCCCAUUUCUUCUGGGGACUUUGGUCAAUCAUACAAGCCAAAAUUUCAUCUAUUGAGUUUGGGUACAUGGACUACGCUCUAGCCAGGUUCGAUGCCUAUUUCGACCAGAAGAGGAAACUCGGCGUGUGAGCCUUGGAGCCUUGCAGCAGGGGGUCCCUGCACUGUUUGUGUGAAGAGAGCGGCUGGGUGGGAUUUCUCCUCUGUGCUUGACUCCUGCACCUGCAGCCCGGUAGGCUCGGCCCGCCUCCCCUGGGAACACCCACGCGUGUGGGACUAGAGACUUAUUAAAAGUCGGGCAACGUUUAUUUCCUAUCUCGUUGACGAUUUCGCUGGGAGUCUUUGACGUGAGAUGGGGACGCAAACCAGAUGGCGAGAGCCGAGUGCCUCCUCAUCCUUUGCUCCUCCUCCCGGCAAGCGGGGGCUGAGCCCCCACACCCCAACAGCGAGCAGCAUCCUGGGGGGCUGGUUCUUACUGUUUCAUGGGUAUGUAUUUUUUUAAACGUGCUGGUAAAGGUUGUGGCCAGGAUGCUGGGCAUUGGCCACGCAUUGUAGACACUACUAGCUUGCAGAAGGAACCAGGAGCUGCUCGCAGCAUCACCGCUUGCAGGGCACGCCGUGUGUGCCCGCAGCUCUAGGACACUACCGUUCCAACCCUUGGGUCCAAAUCGCCAGUGCUCAAGAAAGCGCGUCGACUUAGACUCACACUGUAGCUUCCUUGUGACUGGUGUACAUGCUUUGUUAUCCAGAGGCAUCUUACUGUAACUGGAAAGAACCCUUCCCCCAAUUGCUGGCUGCCAGUGAAGGGGGCCGGAGGGUGCAGGGCUGGGGGGAGUCGGGGGGGAGGGACAGCUUACACGGGCUUCCACCAGCCAUGGGGCGUGGGACAGCUCUCCUGCAAUGCCCCAGGCCUCCCCCAGCCUAGACCCUCCUGUGUGGCGGGCGAGGGAGUGAGAAUACUUGGUCUUCCUCCUCCUCCCACCAUUUGUGGGGUGGGAAGGGAAUCCUUGUAAAGGUUAAGAAGCCCCAGCUGCUUCCACGCCCCCACUUUCCCCUCAUGGCACCCCACUAGUGCCAUGAUUGGGGUAACCAGUUGACUGUGCUGAGAAAUGGGGGAGGAGAAGAAUCGCUGUGAAAUGUCCAUAGGUAUUAAAUGACCCUUUGGGGUAAACCUUGAGCUCUUUUUUUACUCUGAACUUCUAUUUGAGUUUUGUGUGCAAACAUUUCAACCACCACAGAUUGUACUAUACUAAAAAUAAAAGUUUUAAAAUCAGA